AUGAAGUCAUUCUCCAUUCUCCUCCUCACCGCCGGCCUGGUCUCGGCCGUUGCCGUCCCCGGCGCUUCCAUUGCGGACCGCUCCGCCGAGGUCGGCCACGUCUCUGCGGCCGUCGAGGCUCGCGACGCCCCCGUCUCCAGCCUCUUAGAUGAGGAUGAUGAGGAAGAGUUUGCCCCCCUUGAUGCCCGCGCCGAGGAGUCCCAGCAGUCCCAGAACGGCACCGCCUCUGAGAGCGGCCGUGGCGGCAAGAAGGGCGAGCAGGGCCAGAAAGGUGGUCAGGGUCAGGAGAACCAGAACCAGGGCCAGGAGAACCAGGGCCAGGAGAACCAGAACCAGCAACAGAACAACCAGGGUCAGGAGAACCAGAACCAGCAACAGAACAACCAGAACCAGCAACAGAACAACCAGGAUCUCAUCAACCAGCUGCUCCAGAACGGCAACCUGAACCAGGGCAUCCUCAACCCGUGGCUCGUCAGCAACAUUGGCCAGCUCGGCGCCGGCCAGACCAUCUCCAUCGGCGGCCUCAACAGCAUCUCCCUCGCCCAGCAGCUGGCCCUCGUCUCGCAGGUCCAGCAGCUCCAGACUCUCCAGCAGCUGCAGCUGAUCAGCCAGCCCCAGAUCGUGACGGUCCUGAACCAGGGCUUCGUCAACAACGGCGCCACUCUUGCUAUCGUCGCUUAA